AUGGAAGAGGACAAGGGCUCUGUUCCCGCUUCCGCUCCGGUCGCAUCCUCGCUCCGAGCGGGUCCGGCUCGGCCGCAGCUGGGUGCCAUGCGGAGUUCCUCUUACCUCCAGGAGCACCAACAGUACCGCCCGCCUGGAAAGCCCGAGACGCACUACGGCAUCGACACCGUCGUUGAGGAUCGCGGAGUCUCCCAGGGUCAGACACCGUCGGUCCUGCCGUCGCGUCCCAAACCGGUGUCACCCUCUCCUGGUGCGACGACCUUCAAUGGAAUUCCCUCGGCUGAACACCCGCCCAAGGUUGUCGAGAGUGGCUUGAACCAUGACUUGUCCCAUCCAAACUGCGCUCCCCCGGCCGGGACCACCACCAGCAGGCUGGUCGCUACCUUGAUGUACAAGCCCUCCGGCUCCCACGCCUCGAGUGCAGUACACUCGCCCAAGGUGCCUUCGCCCAAGCCCUCCAACAUUGCGGUGGAGGAGCACACCGACAUCCCCCCAAACCUGGCGCCGACUACCAACCCGGACACCUUCCCCCUUGAACCGCCCAUCGCUGAGGAACAGUCCCUCGACCGUCUCUACGGUUCCUAUGUCUCCCCUCUCUGUGUCGCCUCGUUCCUCCACCUCAUGUCCACCUUCCCCGUCCCGCCAGGCUCAACAGACCCGACCAGCGCCCAUCGUUGCAUGGACAGUGCUGCUCACCCUGGCGUCGUCGAGUUGAUUCUCAACCCAGCGCCCUCCCCAAGCUAUUUAGCCCUCAAAGAUCUGCGCAAGCAUGAACUCAUCUACCGUUUCGAGCGGGAAUGGAGCGUCGACGUCGUUCUGCAGAUGGAAUCGCCGUUCCGCCGUCACAAGCGCCUCGUAGUCUUUGAUAUGGACAGCACCCUGAUCACCCAGGAAGUCAUUGACCUGCUGGCAGCUACCAUCAAGGACCCUCCAGACCUGGCUCAGCGCGUGGCCGACAUCACCCACCGUGCCAUGAUGGGCGAGCUCGAAUUCGAUGCCGCAUUCCGGGAACGCGUCGCUCUGCUAAAGGGACUGCCGGCCACCCUCUUCAACGACCUGCGCCCUGUUCUGGACGUCACUCCUGGCGCGCGCCAGCUCGUCAAGGCCCUCAAGCGCCUGGGUGUCCGCACUGCCGUCCUUAGUGGCGGCUUCCUGCCGCUUACAUCAUGGUUGGCUGGAGAACUGGGCAUCGACCACGCGCACGCCAACGAGGUCGUUGUGGAUGCCGAUGGCAAGCUCACUGGUGAGGUCAAAGGACUCAUCGUCGGCAAGGAGCGCAAGCGGGACCUCUUGCUCGAGAUUGCGGCCAAGGAAGGCAUCGCACCUGAACAAGCUGUGGCUGUCGGUGAUGGCGCCAACGACCUGCUCAUGAUGGAGGCGGCCGGCCUAGGAGUUGCGUGGAAUGCCAAGCCGCGGGUACAGAUGGAGGCAGAUGCCAGGCUCAACCGCGGGAGUCUCUUGGACCUUCUGUAUUUGUUCGGCUUCACAUAUGACGAGAUUGCUAUGCUUACGUAG